AUGGCGCUCAUCGGACAGACGGUUACGAUCGUCAACAAAUCAGGCAAAGUCGUCAGCUCGUCGAAACACCUCGUCAAUGUCUUCAACGAAGCAAAAAGCGCGUACAGCGAACGAAAGGCGGAGAUAAAGGCAAUGCGGAGGGGGCAUUCGUACAGCAAAAGCGAUGAUCGAAAGACACUCAACCGGGUUGAGACACUGACGAUCGACGACGAUUCGGAUACAAGCUCAAGACGCAGUUCGCGGAGAGGAAGCGAGGAUGGCCGGUCCAGCGUCCGCCGCAAGCCUGUGCCCAACCGAUCACAUCGUGAACGACCACCCAUCGAGCGGGGUGUAUCCGACAGCUAUUACACGAACGACCACUCGCAAUCUCCUCGCUCGCAUCAACGCCGACACUCACAUCGUCCCUCUCCGCUCCGACAGCAGUCUUACUCAUCCGAAGAAGAUCCCGCACGCUUCAGAGAGCUUACACGCCGGCAUACCGACGGUCUCGAGCUCACGCAUAGCCGCCCGUCGAAGACGUCUCGAAGCGCAAGCGCCGACGACAUCGACAUGGACCUGGCGUAUGGAGACCUUCCACCUCCGCUCCCAGAACGCAACUACGACACCGAAGUGGAGCUCCGGCAGAAGAUGAGCGGACUGCAGAAGCUUCUCGACGAAUGCAAUUGCAUCCAGCACUCUGUAACCGCAACCAUCGACAACCUGCAGAAGAACCCCGACGCACUGGCAGCGGUAGCUCUGACACUAGCAGAGAUCAGCAACCUCGCAACCAAAAUGGCUCCAGGAGCUCUCAUGUCAAUGAAAGGUGCUUUCCCAGCCAUCAUCGCCAUCCUCGCAUCCCCCGAAUUCAUGAUCGCAGCCGGCGUCGGCGUGGGCGUCACCGUCAUCGCUCUCGGCGGCUACAAGAUCGUCAAGAAGAUCAAAGCGAAGCGCGCGGAGUCGGGCAUGCUCAUCGAAGCUGACCCCGACGCCGACUACGAGCCCGGCACACCAGACAGCGAGACCGAGCUGCGCGAACUCGACAAGAUCGAGCAGUGGCGGCGCGGGAUCGCGGAUGUGGAGGCGAGUAGUGUGGGUACCAGCGUGGAUGGGGAGUUUGUCACGCCGCGGGCGAAGACGGAGUUGAUACUGGAGGGGAAGCUGACGGAGAAGGAUCUGAAGGCGAGGGAGAAGCGGGAGAAGAAGGAGAGGAAGAAGGAGAAGAAGGCGGAGAGUGAGGUUAGUGGGAGGAGUAAGGGGAGUAAGAAGAAGGCGAAGGAAGAGGGGGCGAAGGCGAAGAAGGAGAAGAGUGAGGGGGGGAUUAAGAUGUUGUUUAAGGGGAGGAGUUGA